GCGCGCAGAGGACAGACGCUCUUUCUGUCCUCAUGACGCAGACAGCUGAGGAGCUCAGUUUCUAGAUCAAAAUGGCAGUGGAGAAGCGUCUUGCGUUCGCUAUUGUGCAGUUUUUACGAGAUCAAACUCACGUCAGUGCUUUGAAUUCAGACGAGCAGGAGAGCCUUGAGGUUGCAAUCCAGUGCUUGGAGACCACCUUCAAGAUCAGCUCCAGCGACUGCCACCUUGCUGUGUCCCAGCCGCUCAGAGAGAUAUUCCUCAACGCCCUCCUCAAGAACGACAACCUCACAGUACCAGAGAGCUCCCCGUCUCCUGAAGACAUUGAACGGGCAGAGCAACUUAAAAAUGAAGGGAACAAUCACAUGAAGGAGGAGAACUACAGAUGUGCCGUUGAAUGCUACACAAAGGCCAUAGAUCUGGACCUGAGAAAUGCUGUAUACUAUUGCAACAGAGCCGCGGCUCAUAGCAAACUGGGCAAUUACACUGAAGCUACUGGUGACUGUGAGAGAGCGAUUGGGAUUGAUCCUACCUACAGCAAAGCUUAUGGGAGGAUGGGUUUGGCUUUAACCUCUAUGAACAAGUAUCCAGAGGCGAUUUCAUACUUCAAAAAAGCCCUGGUUCUGGAUCCGGACAACGACACUUACAAAUCCAACCUGAAGAUUGCAGAGCAGAAGCAUAAAGAAGCCUCCAGCCCAAUUGCUGCUGGAUUGGGGUUUGACAUGGCUAGUUUAAUCAACAAUCCUGCCUUCAUCAGCAUGGCUGCCAGUGUGAUGCAGAACCAACAAGUCCAACAGCUCAUGUCAGGGAUGAUGUCGAAUGCAGUGAGAGGUCCUGCAGCAGGGGUGGGAGGACUGUCAGACAUUUCCAGCUUGAUUGAGGCAGGCCAACAGUUUGCCCAACAAAUUCAGCAGCAGAACCCGGAGCUCAUCGAGCAGCUAAGGAACCACAUCAGGAGCCGUUCCUUCAGCGGCAGCGCCGAGGAGCACUCAUGAUUUAUUCUGACACACUCCGUUUGCUUCUGAGGAAGAGCAAGCAUAUGGCGC